AUGAGCGACACAGAAGACACCAAGGAGAAAAUGGAAUUGAUGAAGGAAGACUAUGCUUCAGAAUGGUUCGAAGCAAACGAUAUUGAUGAAUUUGACCUUGAAGAGAAGCUGAUGAGGGUAGGUUGAAGGCCACUCAAGAGGAAGUUCCUUGCUUUCCAAAAACAAAAUGAUGGCUCUGAACUUGCAUAUACUAAGAUUAAGAAAAUGAGGCAGCAGUUGGAUAACUGAUAUGAACUCUUAGAAUAUAUGCAGAUAGCUAAGGCGAGAAAGUUAUUAAAGUAA